UUAUUGUUAGUCCGCCAUGCUGAAAAAGGGAAACGACUGGUAGAAAACUAAAACAAUAGGUUAGACUUGUGAAUCUGUUUUGUUUGUGUAGAUUUUUAGUUUUUAUAAAUUAUGAACGCUCAUAAAGAUGCAAAUCGUAGAGUUUUAGCUAUUCAAGCCAAGAAGAAACGUUAUAAACCAGCAAGGAGAAAAUUUCCUAAGAAUGAAGAUGAUAGUUCUACCACACCUAAGGAUAAGUCAAAUAUGAAUAGAUUGUAUCCAAGUAACUCUUCAUCUAAUGAAACGAUUGAAGAUGAAGAAGAGGAGCCUUAUACAUCAGACGAAGAAGAACAAGAGGACUCUAGUGAUUACUGUAAAGGAGGGUAUCAUCCUGUUAAAAUAGGAGACCUUUUUCAAUCUAGGUAUCAUGUCACUAGGAAACUAGGUUGGGGUCACUUUUCAACUGUUUGGCUAUGUUGGGACCUAUUUGAAAAGAGGUUUGUAGCUUUGAAAGUGGUUAAGAGUGCAAGCCAUUUUACAGAAACGGCACUUGACGAAAUAAAACUGUUAAAAGUUGUGCGGGACAGUGAUAUCAGUGAUGAAAAAAGAAGCAAAGUGGUCCAGUUGUUGAACGAUUUCAAGAUAAGUGGUGUUAAUGGUACUCAUGUAUGCAUGGUAUUUGAAGUGCUUGGACACAAUUUGCUAAAGUUAAUCAUUAAAAGUAACUAUCGUGGCAUUCCCAUAAAAAAUGUAAAAUGUAUUAUACGCCAAGUACUUGAAGGGUUAGAUUACUUACAUACCAAAUGCAAAAUAAUCCACACUGAUAUCAAACCAGAAAAUGUUUUGUUGUGUGUUAGUGAAGGUUAUAUAAGGAAGCUUGCUAGUGAAGCUACAGAGCUUCAUUCAAUGGGCAUGAAGCUACCUAUUUCACUAAUCAGCACUGCACCAAAGGAGUUUCAGGAACCUGCUUUAAAUUCCAAAAUGUCAAAAAAUAAAAAGAAAAAGCUAAAGAAAAAAGCUAAACGUCAUUCAGAAUUAUUAAAAAAACAAAUGCAGCAGUUAGAAGAACUCCAAGAACAACAGACUGUAAACUCUCCAAAAGAAGAAAACGAGUCCGAAAAGAAUAUGAGUGUGUCUGUUGAAAACAGUACUGAUAAAGAAGCAGACAAUGCAAACAUUCUUCCUGUUGAAACUACUUGCACUGGCACUGAGAAGUGUUUAAACGAUGUAGAUAUUGAAUCAGUGUAUCAAAAUGGCUGCAAUAAUAUUGAACCCUUAAAUGCAAACAUUGAUCAAGUUGGAGAUAGUGAAAACCAAGAUGUAGAAGAGGAAGAAGAGGCAAUGAAUACUCAAGAAAAUACUAAUCCUAGUAAAUCAGAAGAAGAAAAACCUACAGACAGGGGUGCUGGAGAAGAAGUUGCUUUAACUGAAGUUGCUUUAACGGAGGUUGCACUUACAGAGAGGGUUAGUACUGGUGAAGGGAGUCCAAUUUCUUCACCUCCGACCUCUGAAAAAAAAUAUAGAGGAUCAGAAAUAGAUCCUUCACGUUGGGAAUGUGAGAUGGAUGUAAAGAUUGCUGAUUUAGGUAAUGCUUGUUGGGUCAACAAACAUUUCACGGAAGACAUUCAAACUCGACAGUAUCGCUCUCUAGAGGUUUUAAUUGGUGCUGGUUAUAACACUUCUGCGGACAUUUGGAGUACAGCGUGUAUGGCGUUUGAGUUAGCAACAGGUGAUUAUCUAUUUGAACCACAUUCCGGAGAAGAAUAUUCGAGAGAUGAAGAUCAUUUGGCUCAUAUUAUUGAGCUUUUGGGGGAAAUUCCAAAACGAAUAAUCACCUCUGGUAAACAAUACCGUCAAUUUUUCAACCGUAAGGGCGAGUUAAGACACAUUACUGGACUUAAGCCAUGGGACCUUUACGACGUUUUGACAGAGAAAUAUCACUGGAGUCCAGAAGAAGCAAAAGCUUUUGCUGCAUUUUUACGUCCAAUGCUGGAUUUUGAUCCAAACAGACGUGCUACAGCAGCACAGUGUCUCCAACACGAAUGGCUUAAAUACUAAAUUAUUUAUUUCCUAAUUUAAGGCUAACCAAAUUUUUGUGUACUGUGUUUAACUUUUUGGAACUUAUUGUGAUAUCUCAUAUACAUACCUGUAGAUUAAGACAUUUUAUUAACAGUCAGCAAAUAACACUAUCUAUCUUAUCCAUGAUCAAGAAAUAAACAUUUUUACGCUUCAAAAUUCAGUACCAAAGUUUCUCGACAUGUUUUAACUUUAUUUUGUACAGAUUUUAAGUAUAAAAACUUAAGUAUGGUGCAUUAUAUUUAUAUUCAUUUGAAUGAAGAUGUGGUGUGAGGACCUUAAAAGAAAAAUUAUGAGAAGCAAAAUUGAUAUUUUUUUAACAGUGUGUAUUCUAUUAUCGUGAUUAAACACAAACAAAUUCACUCAUCUACGCCUAACAGUUUAUCAAGUUUAAGUGUUUAGAUAUUACAAUAAAUUUUUAUUGUUUUCCUAAAAACCUGACUUAUUAAUGGUUGUGUUAAUUUAAUAUAAGUAAAGUUUUGAAAAAGAAGUAUUUUUUAUUUUUAAGUGAUUUUUAUAUGGCAGUUCAGAAGUGAUGUGUUUCAACCCUAUUGUGGCAAGUUCAGCUCAAAAAGCAAGAUGGAGGGAGUCAUCAUGGGUGAAUGUAAUGUAAACAUGGAGCGCCGGCUGUCACUGUUUUUCUACACUCAAGUUUUCUUUUAGAAUAACCCAUCAAUUUAAAAGUUGAUUGCCGAAAAACAAAGACUUAUCCAAGAAUGGUGAAUCAUUUAGAUAUAUACAUAGUACUAGAAAAAAAAAAUGCAAGCGUCUGGAUAUAUCUGGCAGUCGGUAGUCUUAUCACUGAUGGGGAGAAGAACGAUGAAUAAUCCAACCUCAGAUAUGUGUUACAGUGAAAACUCACCCUUCCAAGUGAUUAGCAGCUGCUGAGGUUUACGAAACUUCUUCCCUCAGACUUCUUGGCUGCCGAUGCUCCGAUAAUAAUGUUGUAGCUUUACCUUUCACUUAGCUUUCAUCCUGACUGAUUAUUGAGGUCUCCAUUUUUAGUUACUCCGUCAUUUUUAUUUCAUGAUGAUUUCUCCACAGGCAUUUAAAAGUUAGGUUGAAAAUAAUCGUGGAGUAAGUAAAAAUGUACAAUCUCUUCAGUCCACACUUUUCAAGGAUUAAAACAGAGAAUAAAACAAAAUGCGAUUUUGAAUUAGAAUAGCCUACAUUGUAAAACGCAUCUGUUGAUUGUGCUAAAGGGCCUAUGUCUAGAUAAGUUACAAAUAAUAACAAGUGUAUGACAAACACAGUUCCAUUUUUGGCAUAGUAAAUGCUUAAGUUAAUUUUAUAAAAUUGGUCUUUGAGAUGUUUUUACUUUUUCAUUUUCUUUUAGAUGUUGUCUCUUUUUAGAUAAUAAAGUACCCUGCAAUUGUACUGCAGACAUGCUUCUUUAUCAUUACACCAUAGGAAUAUGGUUUUGGAUUUCAAACUCUUAAGUACGAAUUAAGAUUGAAGAUUUAAGAUUAAAGUAGUUUUAUUUAACUUUUUAUAGUAUUUGCAAAAACAAAGCUAUUUAAAUAGAUCAGCAGACUUAUUGAUUGAAUUUUCAACAGUUGAAAGCUAAAUGAGACGUUACAAGAGCCAAUGUAAGCCAAUUUCUUAGGAUUAAAUUCUAGAAUAGUUUAGUUUUCCUAUGUUAGUUACGUGUCUGGUUAUAUUCUUGAUGUAGUGAGUUGUCUAAAAACAUUUGUAACUAAUUAGUAAUUAAGUUGCUUGCUCUUAAGUGACUUUCUAAAUUAAGACAAUCUUUCAAUCCACUACUUAAAAUGUACUACUCAUCAUUAGUAAAGGGUUAUGUUAGUAUUGUGUUUGUUUUUUAUAAACACUAGGCUGUGUGUUUGUUUUUUAUAAACACUAGGCUGUGUGUUUGAUUUUCUAUUGUGCAUGUGAGACAUUAUUAGCUCUAAUAGGAGUUUUCCUAUAGAAAUUUGAAAAUGUGUUUAACUAUGCAAGAAGAAAGUAUCAAUCCAUAUUGUAACAUUAAAGUCGUAUGUGCAUAAUAAUCUAACAAACACAAGUUCUAUCCUAAGUUGUUUAAAUAAUUAAACCAGUACUGUAUGUAAGUGUCUAAUUGUAUCCAUGUCGUACCUAUUGAUGCUCAUAGGACACCUGUUACGUCAGAUAUGUCUUAGCUUACUUACGUUUAUGAGUUUAGAUGUAGUUGUGUCUAGUUGAAAACCGAUUAUUUAUAUCUUAAUGUAUUAACUUGUAGCGUACGAAAUCUAUCGAUUCUUUUUACACAAUGUAAGAAAACAAAAAGGAUAGAAAUCAGUUUUCUAGUAAAAUUCAUACAAUUGAUUGUUGUUUAAAAAUAUUAAUACGAGCUGUGAUUUAAAAUAAUUAUUUUGAACGUUUAUGCUCAAAAUAAAAUACAAAUGUGUAUAAGUAAAAUUAAUUUAUUGGCAAUGAGAAUAGUAUUAAAAGUUUUUAAGGCUUUUCAGAAAGAUUUAAGAUAAUGACAUUACUGUAUAAGAUUUCAAAUCAAUACUACACUUAUUUUUAUUUGUAUUGUUAUAGUAAUUAUUUAACAAUAUUGUAAUGUAAUAAGUUGAGAAAUUAUAAGAAAACAAUACUAUAAAAUUAAAAUGUAUUUAUUAAAAGCAAAUUUAGUACUCAAGCAGUUUUAAAAACAAUUCCGUUUAAAAGAAAAAGGCAAGGCUAUCAAAAAUAUGAUUAGUUCUUUAUAUGAAUUAUUUAAUUAGAAUUGAUUGUAAGAAGAAAUUGCAUUGAUUAAAAUAUAGUAAGAAUUUAGAGACAAUUUAAAUACACUUCAGGAAAUUUAUCUUAAACACAUGUGUACACACACACAGUGUAUCUAUUUUAUGAAUGAAAUACCCAAGUACAAUUACUUUCUUAAAAUAAAAUAGUUUAACUUUUUCUGAUGGUAUAAAAAUAUCCAACUGAGUAGAACAAUGUAAAUUUAAGACUUUACAUUAAUAUAAUAUGAAGGUUUGGAUUUACAUAAUUAUGUUCUCAAUGUAAAGCCUUCUAGAUUUUUUAUGUUGAUUAAGGCUACAUAAAUACAACUCUCGGUUUGAUGUUUUUA